AUGGCCGGUAAAUCGGACGGCCAGCGAGAAGAGAACCGUCGGCGAGAAGCGGCUGUGGAUGUUUUGGCUGGGAUCGGUCUUUUGCUUUUGUUUGGAAUCGCCGGCGGCUUUUGCCUUCUCAUAGAGGCAGUCAAGGAGUUGGCGGAAGCGAAACGAUCCCACCGCGCUCGCCCGCUACGAAAUCAACAUCGAGUCGCCAUUGCUCAAAAUUCAGCCGGGAUCGUGGAAGUGGAUUCGGGCUACGCACUUGCCAGCGCAGAAAGAACCACCGGUCUCCGGAACCUAGACGAUCAACGCCUGCUCGUCUCGUUUGUCCUAAUCCUUCUAUUUGGGCUGAUCGGCUUCCGCCUGCUCUCCACUGUUCUCUGGCUCAUCCUUGGGGGCGUAGAAUUACUGGUUCUUGGUACCGCGCUCGUCAUGUUUAUGAUGCUAUUUUUCAAUCCAAGAACUAAC